CCAACCAGACACAGACCAUAAAUCUCCAUUCGAACAUUCAAUCUUUUCUUUGUCCUUAAAAUCUCUCAAAUCCGCCCGAAAAAAAAAAAAUUCUCACGUCGCUUUCUUGAAAUCUUCUCUGUUCUUAUCUCAGAACCAGACAAAACAACAAAGCUGUUGAAGAAGACGAUGUUCAGUAAUAACAACGACAGCAACCAAGAGUGUCUGAACAUUUCUAGUAUGUUUCAGAGUUUCAAUCCCGCCGUUGACGGCGACAUAUUCUCCCGGCGUUGCAUUUGGGUGAACGGUCCGGUGAUAAUCGGGGCCGGACCCUCGGGUUUAGCCGUGGCGGCCGGCCUGAAACGACAAGGUGUGCCCUUCAUCAUCCUCGAACGGGCUAACUGCAUUGCUUCUCUCUGGCAAAACAGAACAUAUGAUCGUCUCAAGCUUCAUCUCCCAAAACAGUUCUGUCAAUUGCCCAACUUGCCUUUCCCCGAAGAUUUCCCCGAGUACCCGACAAAGUAUCAGUUCAUUCAGUACCUUGAGUCCUACGCCAACCACUUUGACAUCCACCCCAAGUUCAACGAGACGGUCCAGUCUGCAAAAUACGACAAGAGGUUCGGGUUGUGGCGUGUGAAGACUGUUUCGAAAACCGGGCUUCUCGGUUCUUGCGAGUUCGAGUACAUCUGCAGGUGGCUCGUGGUGGCUACGGGAGAGAACGCGGAGAAAGUCGUGCCUGAGUUCGAAGGUUUGGAAGAAUUCGGCGGGGAAGUUGUUCAUGCUUGCGACUAUAAGUCCGGAGAAAAGCACAGAGGAAAACGAGUUCUUGUUGUCGGAUGCGGAAACUCGGGCAUGGAAGUGUCUCUUGAUCUCUGCAACCACCAAGCAAGUCCAUCAAUGGUUGUUCGUAGCUCGGUUCAUGUGUUGCCGAGAGAAGUUCUGGGGAAAUCGACGUUCGAGUUAGCCGUAACGAUGAUGAAGUGGAUGCCGCUGCGGCUCGUGGACAAGAUUCUUCUGUUUCUCGCGAGAAUAAUCCUCGGAAACACCGAGAAAUACGGUCUGAAGAGGCCGGAAACAGGACCCAUGGAGCUGAAGAACACUGCAGGGAAAACUCCGGUGCUCGACAUCGGAGCAUUGAAGAAGGUCAGGUCGGGAAAGAUCAAGAUCGUGCCCGCAAUCAAGAAAUUCGGUCCGGGAACGGUGGAGCUCGUCGACGGUCGGAUUCUGGAGAUGGAUUCCGUUGUUCUUGCCACUGGAUACAGAAGCAACGUGCCCAAAUGGCUCAAGGACAAUGAUUUCUUCUCGGAGGACGGGAUACCCAAAAACCCGUUUCCAAACGGGUGGAAAGGGGAGGCGGGAUUGUACGCGGUGGGGUUCACGAGAAGAGGACUAUCGGGCGCGUCGCUCGACGCGAUGAGCGUGGCUCACGACAUCGCCAACAGUUGGAUCGAAGAAACCAAGCAGCAGAAGAAAACUGCCGCUGCCCGUCACCGUCGCUGCAUCUCUCACUUUUGAUUUCUCUAAUUUUUUUUUUUAAACGUUUUUAUUUUUUAUUUUUAUUUUAUUUUUCCACGUUAGGAUGUGCAGAGGGAAAAAAAAAGAAAAUAGGAAAUAAUUUUAUAUGGGGAAGAAAAAAAAAAGGAGCUAAGCUUAAGCCCUCUCCUUUGCAAAAGGAAAUCCCCCAAAAAAACAAUUUGUGAAAAUUUAAUGUUUUUUUGGGGUUUCUUUUUGUUACAAGGAAUACGAGGCUUUGAUUUAUUUUUAAUGUGAUUUUGUUUGUAUUUUGAGUUUUUUUUUUCUUCUGAAAUUUGUAAC